AUGAAAUCUCUACUCUGGCUCCCUCUUCUGGGUCUUUCGUGGGCGGCUGAUACGAAUUUCUUCAUCAGCCCAGGGUCCCAGGCCGACCAACUCUCCAGCGGCAACGAAACAUCAGAAUACCCAGUCUAUCGGGAGGGGGACACGACACUCUUCACCUGGAAUACCAAUUGGACAAUCAUCAGUCUGCUCCUCUACCAAAAUGAAAACUCCUCGUACAUUCGUCUCAUGGAUUUUGUUGAGAACCCCGCGAGCUCACUCUCAUACAACAUGUCUCCCUCGGUCAACCUCACCUGGAACGAUGUCUUCUUCCUCACCUUAUGGAAUGAAAACUGGGCCAAUGAAGGCGGGGAACGCUUCUUUUCCAGCUCCUACUUCAAAAUCAACGCCACAGACUCUUCCACUACCACGACUACCACGACCACCACAACCACCACGACCACCACACCUACUGGCUCCUCAACUUCUUCCACAACAACAACCCCCAACUCUGACUCCUCCAACUCCUCAACCGUCGCCACUGAUUCCAACGGCCUUUCCAGCGGCGCCAAAGUUGGUCUCGGCGUCGGUCUCGGCCUCGGAAUCCCCUUCCUGGCCCUUGGCGCUGUCGCAAUAUUCUACUUCCAUCGCCGCUCGCGAUCCGAAGCCUGGCAGCGCGAGCAGCAACUCGCCCAGCAAGGAGGCAACGGUCCGUUCCCGCCGCCCGUAGCAGAUAUGAACAACCCGUCGCCAUUUAAGCUUGGUGGCGGCGGGUUUUAUUCGGCGCCUGUGUCGCAGGAGGCGGAUGGGCAAUCGUCGCAUGCGCAUACGAUGGUGACGAAUUCAACGGAGACGCCAUCAAUGUUGCAUCAUCAUCCGAUUCAGGAACUAAGUGGUUGA